AUGAGAUUGGAGCUACCGGAAGUCAAGAGAAAGAAAAUGGUAGCCGUGAUCGACGACUUUAGCCAUCGCAAGUUUUGUACAAUUCGGGAAUUCGCUCACCUCAUCGGGAAGUUAGUCGACUGUUGUCGCGCAAUUGAGUAUGGAUGGUUAUACACCAAGAGAUUCGAACGAGAAAAGUUCUUCGCCCUGUUAGUCAGCGGGGGGGAUUACGAUGCACAGCUCGAAUUAUCCGCAGAUUUGCAGAUCGAAUUCGAUUGGUGGAAACAAAAUAUUACAACGUCAUUUGGUCCGAUAAGAAGUUUUCGAUUUAUUAAGGAGAUUUACUCGGACGCGUCAAAAACGGGCUGGGGCGCGUAUUGUUGUAAUGAAGGCACACACGGUUUUUGGAGUGACACCGAAAGGGGGCUGCACAUUAACCAACUCGAACUAAUUGCCGUCUUUAUGGCCCUUACAUGUUUUGCAAGCGAAUUGUACGAUUGCGAAAUUUUACCAAGAAUCGAUAAUACGACAGCUAUUGCAUAUGUGAAUCGAAUGGGAGGAGUUCAAUAUGCCGCACUUCAAGGGAUAGCAAAAGAGAUUUGGCAAUGGUGCGAGUGUAGGAAAAUUUGGAUUUUCGCAUCUUACAUAGCGUCCAAGGAAAACGUCGAGGCCGAUAGGGAGUCGAGGAUAAAGAAUAUAGACACGGAAUGGGAACUGUCGAGUUGGGCAUACGAGAAAGUAAUUUCGGAAUUUGGCAAACCAAAAUUGGACCUGUUUGCAUCCAGGAUUAACGCGAAAUGUCAAUCUUAUUGUUCGUGGUACAGAGAUCCUGAUGUCUUAGCUAUUGACGCGUUCACGAUCAACUGGAAAUCGGAGUAUUUUUAUGCAUUUCCACCGUUCGCAUUGGUACUCAGGUUCCUUCGAAAAGUUAUCGCAGAUCGCGCCUGUGGGAUUGCGAUAGUGCCGAAUUGGCCUUCGCAACCAUGGUUCCCUAUAUUUAUGGACCUUCUCGUCUCUCCAGCAUCCAUCACAGAAAUCACUGGCUUGGAUUGCCGGGAAAUUGUCGGCGAAUCUUACCGCCGCAAGAAAUUCUCGGACUCAGUGAUCGAGACGUUGUUGGCUUCUCUCGCCGAGAGUACAUGGAAGCAGUACUCAGGACCUAUUAAGCUAUGGGCGAAUUUCUGUCGAGAGACGGAAACAGACAUUUACAAAGCGAGCGCGAACCGCAUUCUCGAAUUUCUGCAAAUGAGAUACGGUUCAGGAGCCUCCUAUGGCACAUUAAACGCGACGCGAUCGGCAAUCUCGUUUAUAUCGACGAACGACAUGACUAACGAUCGGAUUAUCAGUAGAUUUUUUAAAGGGAUUUUUCGGCUUAGACCAACGAAACCUCGAUACGACGAAACAUGGGACGUCGGCAUCGUACUUACGUACAUUGCGGACUUAUAUCCUCUCGAAUCAUUAAGCAAACAACAAUUGUCAGAGAGAUUAGUUACGCUGUUAGCUUUAGGUACGGCUCAUCGAGUACAAACUUUGUCGCUCAUGAGACUUGACAAUAUUUCUCACUCGGCACAGGGCUUCGAGAUAAGGAUCUCGGACAUCAUUAAAACGUCGAGACCAGGGGCUUUCCAGCCACUUUUGUUAUUGCCGUACUUUCGCGAACAGCCUAGACUGUGCAUAGCGAGCACGUUGAAGAGAUAUUCGGAAAUAACAAAACCACUCAGAGGCGAUUGCAGUAACGUACUGAUCACUUCGAGAAAACCCUUCAAAUCGGCGAGUACCCAGACAAUAAGUCGUUGGAUCCGGUCAGUGUUGGCAAAGAGCGGCAUAGGACCUGAGUUCACGGCGCACAGUACAAGGCACGCGUCUACGUCGGCUGCCUUGGCAAAGGGGUUGGAUAUUAGCGCGAUAAGAAAUACCGCGGGCUGGUCAAAGGACUCGCAGAUGACCGAAGGGCACAAGUUUCUGGCCCACAAGCACAUGAAAACAAAGGAGUUCCGGUUCGGUCUUCUUGUAAAAUCAACACUGUCAUUCCAAGAGAAUAGCAAGAUAACGACAACACCGAAAGCUCAGAGACAGAAUCACCAAUGGCGAAUUCAAAGAUUGGCUUAUGAAGUCUUAUAA